AUGUCGCUUUCUCUCUUUCAACUCAUCGCGCUGGUCGCGGCCCUCUCUCAGCUUCUGGUAGGCUCGGUACACGCUCACGGCUUCAUCAACUCGCCCGCCUCGCGCUCCUACAUGUGCAAGACCGGUCAGGCGAAGAAUUGCGGCGAAAUCCAGUACGAACCUCAAUCCGUCGAAGCCGCCAAGGGCCUUCCUUUCGCUCGCAGCAGCAACGGCAAGCUCUGCUCCGCCGGUCUCAGUCAGUUCUCCGAGCUCGAUCGUCAGGGCGCUAGCGUCUGGCCCAAGACCCAGGCCAGCGAUGUCCGCUCCUUCACCUGGACCUUCACCGCUCAGCACGCCACCACCGACUUCAAGUACUACAUCACCAAGCCCACCUGGAACUCGGCCACUAGCCAGGGUCUCUCGGCAAGCGAUUUCGAGUCGGAGCCCUUCCUUACGGUACCCAUGUACGGCAAGCCGCCGUCUGCCAGCAUGAGCCACGACCUCUCCAGCAAGAUGCCGUCGCGUUCGGGCUACCACGUCGUGUAUGCGGUCUGGACCGUCGACAACACGGUCAACGCCUUCUACCAGUGCAUGGAUCUCGACUUUGGGGGAGGCAACUCCCGCGACACGGCGUCCGCCGCGACUUCCACUGGCUCGUCGCCCGUCGCCUCGUCUUCGAGCUCUUCCGCCGCAUCCACGUCCACCACCAGUUCGGCUGCUGCUGCUGCUCCCAGCUCGGGCUCGUCCAACACUGUCAACAACGACACGCCCAAGGCCUCCCCCGCGCCUGCUUCUGGAUCGACGGGCAGCUCCUCGGGCAACUCUGGCAACGGCAACUCCAGCAACGGCAGCUCUGGCGGCUCGCACGCUGCCACUCCCUCGCACAAAAACCACGCUGCCAAGGGCACCGCUUGCCGCAUGAAGCGUCGUCGCGCUCCCUCUGGCUCGCUCCUCGCAGCACGCGCCAACUACCGCCGUCACGCGGCAGUCGCCCGACGCCAACAGCAGCCUUGA